AUGAAACUCCACGCAACAGACAUCCUGGUCAUUUUCUGGCUCGGCCUCUUUACUGUGAGCACCGUGAGAGGAAGUGUUGCAAGUCAAAUCGCGCCCAAAAGCUCCUGUGUAGACCUGUCCACGCAGCAGCUGGACAUCAGACGACUUGUUAAAUAUGAGACGCAGCACAUACCAGUAAAAGCUGUGAUGUUCAUCACCAAACGAGGCAUCAAGAUCUGCGUGCAGCCUGAUCUCAAAUGGGUGCAGGAUGCCAUAAAAUUCCUGGAUAAAGGACCUGUCCGCAGAAGACCCAACAACAAGCCCGUGUCCAAACCCAAGCCCAAGCCCAAGCCCAGAGGCAAUUAA